GCGAAUCGAGAGAGCAUCGAUUCUCCAUGCCUAACUUGGUUUCCAAUGCAUCACCAUGAUAUAUCCACCACACCAAACCAGGAACCCUAAAUAUCCAUCAGAAAGAAAACUUAGCUGUCCCUCAAGUACUGUGGAAAGAGAGCGAGAGAGAGAGAGAGAGAGAGAGAGAGAGAGGUGUUAUGGCGUUCAUGCGAAGCCACCUGCUGCCGCAGAGGGAGAUGACGGCGGGGGAGUUCAGGGCGUGGCUGAGGCAGUUCGACGCGGACCGGGACGGGCGGAUCAGCAGGGAGGAGCUGCAGCGGGCGCUGCAAAGCCUGCACACGUGGUUUGCGUGGUGGAAGGCGCGGGCGGCGAUGAAGGAAGCGGACGUGAACCGCAAUGGCGUGAUCGAGGAGGAGGAGAUGGGAAGGUUGAUCGCUUACGCUAACGAGCACCUCCGCAUGAAGAUCUACGAGUACGAUUCUUCCUGAGCCGUCUUUGAGAUUCGUGUGAUUGCUGCUGCCGAGUGCAUGUAUUAACCUUCGUUUCUUCUACCUAUUUGUAUAGUUGCAGUCGAGCUUGUCGUGUGGUGUGUGUGGGUGAAGAUGAACACUACGUAAAGGCAUGUUAAAUGUCAAAUAUAUAUUGCUUGAUGGAUUUUUAUUUGAA